UGUGUUUGUAUGUAACACGAAUGGUGGUCUAUUUAACUUAUUUAAGUUGUGGAAUUGACCUCAGGAAGAAAGACGGUUAUUUAGCUGAACCAAGUUUUCUGUCAAGAACAGUGAGAGAACCAAAAGUAGUCCUACAGGUCGCGAGUGAAAUUGAUAUUCUUGAAGAUGGCUAUCGCUGGAGAAAAUAUGGCCAGAAAGUUGUCAAAGGAAACCCGAACCCCAGGAGCUACUACAAAUGUACGAGUGCUGGAUGCAUAGUGAGGAAACAUGUCGAAAGGGCAGCAGAUGACUUUAAAUCAGUAAUCACAACAUAUGAAGGGAAACAUAACCAUGAAGUGCCAUCAACAAACAAGACGAAUGGUGUUUCAGGAAACGUUCGUUCAGCAUCUAUGUUGAACAACGGGCAACAGCCUUGCACAACAACAUCUCGAAAAAGUCUCAAAGAUUCAAAUAUCAGAGUGCAAUUUCAAGAUCUACCAAUUCCAUUCGAAAGAAAGCAUUUCAUGGGAAGCGAAUAUUUAAGGCCAAGUUUUGGUGCAAGUUACCUCGGGGACUUGAGUUUUGGAGCUACUUCUUUACAACUCCCAGACUUCCCAUUACCAUUGCCAUUGCCAUCGCGAAUGAGCUUUCCUGCAAGACAGAACGAGUCUCACUUUCAUUUGAAUAACAAUUUCUUACUGCCAAAUGGUGCAUCCGAUUCUUUUUUAGCAGAUGGGAAUACACAACAUAUUAUCGCUGACAACAAUAAUUCGAGACUCCUUAAAGCCAAAGACGAGAUUCAGUACUGGACCUAGCUAUUCCGCUAGCUGUCUUCUGAUACAUCAUUCAGUAUAGAUUCUUUGCAGUCACUGCUUUCGACUUAAAUAAUACACACACAGUUCAAGGUUUAGAAAUAUAUAUGUAUUUAUCCCCUUUGAUCAAGGUGGAACCAAUCGAGGCUACGACACAUUGGAACCAACAUGUCAGUGAGCAAACAAGCUAUAUGGAGCAUCACUUCAAUGAAAGGCGAUAACUGUGCAUUUCAAGAACUUGCAACUUGCAUAACAGGCCAAGUAUUUUGGCCUAAUUGUUGGCAUCGUUACUAACAUAAACAUCAAUUGUAUAGCGUUAAGCAAGCAGAUGUAAACGAUUCAUUAGCCAACAAUGAAUAUGAGGGGAAUUACCCGAUUUUCCAUCAAUAUUCUCUGUUGACAUUUCUGAAACUGUUGCCUCUGUGACAACUCGAAAAAUGCAGAAAAUCUCCAAAAUAUCUCUCAUUUAUCUUCAAACUAUUUACUACCAAACCUGAGCUCUCGAGGGAGUGGCCUAGCGAUCAAAAAGUUGGAGUGGUAAUAUCGGGAAACAAGACCUGAAUCCUGGUAGAAGAGACACUAGGUGAUUUCUUCUCAUCUACCUAAAAGGGAAACCCACUCUAUUCAAUGCUAUGCAUAAUGAGUGGUAAAGUUACCCGAUAAACGUGCAGGUGGAUGGAAGUAUAUGCCCAGUGAAUUAGUCGAGGUACAUAAAAGCUGGAUCAGACAACACCAUUCUAAAAGAAGCAGCAACUAGACCCGAAUAAUCAAUGUUAACUCUCUGAAUUAAUAUCCUUCCAUUAGGAACAAUUGGUGAAGUAAAAGAGGAAAGGUCGCGGACUGUUACUAAGAACCUAACAGAACUUUUCACUUAGAUGACACAAAGAACGGAUUUUUACAACUGAACGAA